GCAACACCUUCCGUGAUGGCAGGUGUUCACGACAGAUGUUCGCGCGAUGUUGUUGUGCAAGCAGUGCCGCAAUAUCUGCUGCAACAUUCCUUGCAUAAUCUGCUGCGAACUGCUGCAAUGUGCUGCAAUGUGUUGCUGGGGUUCAUUGUUGUUUUGCACUUUUACCGAAACCUGUAUGCAGGUGUCAAACUGACUUGUGCCAAGGACCGCGUGGGAGCGUGUGCUACGCUGCGCUUUCCAGACAGGAAGUGCAACGACGGAUACUGUGAGAACUUUGCCUUCACUCCCACUCUGGAUAGCUACCAGCGACAGGUUAACUUCACUCACCUGCGUCUUGAUCUGAGCCAAGUGCUGCUUAACUCAACCUAUGCCCUGAAGAUUGAGAGAAAGAGGCAUGAUGAUGGAGUCUGGACGGUCUUCCGCGAACUUGUAAAUGGUCAACAGAGGCAGACUCUAACCAUUGAUGCUCGCUUCAUUCGGCUGAAGGUCUUCAAACGCUUCCCAGGCGCGUUUGACUACAUCAGACGGAGAAGAGACUGCAAAGGCAUGACAGGCCUGAAAGGGUUCACAGCUUUCAUUGAACCCGUCUUGGAGAUAGUUGACGGUGGUUGGGGUGGAUGGACUGCAUGGUCGCAAUGCAAUACGAUAUGCGGCCGCGGAACACGCACCAGAAGUCGACUGUGCGAUAGUCCUGCACCCGAGUUUGGUGGUGAUUAUUGUACUGGCUUAGACCAAGAGGUGACGGACUGUGACUUGCAGCGGUGCACACAUAUACCAGCCCGUGAUCAGUCUUGUGGCAAGCUACCGGGACCAUUGCCACCACUGGCUGAUAUAGAGCAGCAGAAUCGUCAAGUGCUUAGCCACAGCUGGCCAUGGUUGGCUAUGCUGUAUAGGAAUGGUCGACCUCACUGUGCUGCCACUCUGCUAUGCUGCUCAAGACACUCAAGAUCAGAGACAAGGUAUGUCUUGACGUCCGCUCAGUGCACUCAGAAUGUGCAACAACUCCGCGACAACCUACUGGUGCGUCUUGGCAAUCACAACCUUGACCAAUCGGACCAGGUCAGCCAACGAGACUGCACUGUCAUUAGUGUCACGUCGCAUACUGCCUAUGAUCUGAGUAGUACUGAAGGUAACCUUGCCCUGAUUAAGCUCAACUGCCCAGACUACAGGCAAAACUUGAAUGUCAGAUGCGCUUGCCUUCCCACUGAAACCGACCGGGAUCUGUACAAUGCCGGUGUCAAUGUACGAGUGGCUGGAUGGGGGCCAUCGAUCCGCGCCCCGUUUGACGAUGACGAAGUAGCAAUCCCACUUGAGCGUUCUCUUCAAAUCUUACCGCAGGAUACGUGUGGAGAAGUCGGUGCAAGUGGCAUAUGUGUUGCUGAUAGCAGCCUCAGUGCUUGCCCAGCUGUGGAUGGGGAUCAAGGGGGACCUGCAGUGGUGUACAAGAAUAGCACUGACACAGUUGCCUUAGUGGGAGUCAUUGGUCAUCCUACACCCUGCUGGAAUCCGGCUCUUCAGCCACAGGAGCACUUGGUCAACGUCCUUCAUCACCUAGACUGGAUCAAGCAAGCUAUGGGCAGAUGCUAGAUACACCCUUGCCCCUUGUACAUGUACCUGUAACGUAUCGCAUCGCAAAAUCAGCAGUGCCAUGUGACGAACAGGAACACACUGCACAGUACACUUGCCAUUUAGGAUUGUUUUUUCUUCUGACAUGCAUGCUGUACAUGCACUUCAGAAGUAGCAGUACAUACCAGUACAUACCAGUACAUACCAGUACAUACCAGUACAUACCAGUACUGUGCAACAUUGAUAUACUCAUCAGGCCAGGGGGUAGUACAAUACCAUGAAUACCGGUAUUGUACUAUUCCCUGAUGCUCAUGCUCCUAGAAUCCAUCCAUAGAUUUACGUACCGUUAUUUGAAAAGAAACUGAGUACAUUAAAUUUUUACGUCUAGUUCACGGUCUACAUACAGGUAUUGAAGUUAGCUAUAAUCCGCCUUA